GGGGCCGGCCGCGGCGUCAGGGGACGUGGCGUCGGCCGACCCACUAUGACCUUCUUCAGGGGCGGGAGCGGCCCGGUGGUGACUCCCGCCUGGCGCGGCCGGGGCCGGGGCCGGGGCGGCGCGCGAGGCCGCGGCCGCGGCCGUGGCCGCGGAGCCGUGCACAAGAUGACCCGGGAGGAGCUCGACCAGCAGCUGGACAGCUAUAUGGCCAGCACCAAGGGCCACCUGGACGCCGAGCUGGACGCGUACAUGAAGGAAGCCGGGAUCUGAGACGGCGGGCCGGCUGGCCGGCGACAGAGGCUUUCAGCGAGCGGCCGGCGGGGCCGCCUCGGGCGUGGCGGGCCGCCUCGGUGGGAGAAGGAGCCGCGCCACGCGGCUCCGCUAAGCUCCGCUGAGCUCCGCCUCCCGGGUCCGAUCUCGUGACGCGCGACCCCGGACGGCCGGGGGCGCGGCUCGCAGCUGGCUGGAGCGUCCGCAGCGGCGCCGCACGGGGCAGCGAGGCGGCUGGCCAUGUAAGGCGCUGGUGCCGCAGGAGGCGCUCUAUAGCCAGCGGUGGGCGGGAUCCCGGCGGCGGCGGCCGGAGGCCCGUCAGGUGCGGGUGGCGGCGGUUGGCCAGUGCCGAACUGUACAAAGGACGCGCGCCCGGAGGCGGAGAGCUGGUCGCGGAUCACGCAUCACGCACCGCGUGCCAAUGACGUGGAUGAGGGUCGCGCUGGCCCAGUGCGUCACCCGUGCAUUCACACGUGGCAGCGUGUCUACCGUGCAGACGUGAGCAGUAGAGUCACGUGGAGCGCUGUGACGCGGCGGGUGGGUACGCCAUCUCACCCAGCCCAUCUCCGGAGAUGACAAGCGUCUCAACUCCGGAGUAUUUGUCGGGCGCUGUGUAAUGGUGUUUUUCGUGUGCGUGUGUGAUGCCAUUCGGGGACUUGCCGCGUGUUCCAUGAAAAUCAUUUGAAAUUGAU